GAUUGGUGAGAGGGAAGAGUAAGUGCCCAGUUUCUAUCAAAAGUAUCAAUUUAUGGCCAUGCUAGUCAAACUAAUUUGUUCUUAGAAUAAUCUUAACUGUUACAAGUGAUAGUAUUUCAAGUUAUUUUGAUUGCAACUUUUAUCACCAAUUAGUAGUAUUUUUUUAAAGUUUAACGUCCACUGCAAUGGACAUCAGGACUUUAGUGAUAUUAGCCAUCACCCACAUGUUUAGUGUCAGUAUGCAAAGAAACAAUAUAUAUGUAGGCUUUUCAAAGCUAAAUUUUACUAUGACAGUGUAUUUAUUCAUUUUUUUAUAAUGUUAAAUCUAUAUAUUUUUUGUAUAUAAUGUUCUUGUAGAGUAUAAAGUCGAAGACUUUUUGGAACGUCUCAUAAAUGGAGAGUUGUCUGAACUCGACUCCUUGAAUUCAGGAAAUGAGUCAGAUGAGACUAGUGAUAUAGAUGGUGAGUUCAUAAAUUAUGCUUUUAAUUCACAGUGUAAGGUUUUUAUCAAUUUCAUGUCUUAUAUGUAAGAUAAAAGUUGCAUGGAAUGUGUAAGAUAAAGAAAAGAAUAAGAUAAGAUAAUUGAUAAUAGCAAAGAAAUGCUAGAAUAGAAAAUAAUACUAAUAAGAUAAUGCAUAAAAUUAGUUAAAAAUUUGAUUGCUUUGUUGUUAGAUUCAGAGAGGGACAGUGGAGAGGUGAUCAUGCCAGAAGAACUUGAGGUGGCAGCUGAGUGUGAGAUAGAGGAGAGAGGCAGUUUGGUGGCAGAGGAUCAGGAGGAGAUGUCAGUUACUAAGAAGGAAGAAAUCAAGUGGCGUCACAGGCCAUUCAAAGAGAUGGCUAAAAAGCCACGAGGAAGCUAUGAUGAAGUUGUAAGCUGUGAUAGAAAGGUGGGACUGGUCAAAUGGUAUGACAACAGACCAGUUGUCAUGGCUUCCAACUUUGUUGGUGUUGGCAGACAGGAUGAAGUCCGGCGGUGGGACAAAAAGAAGGCCCAGUUUGUGAUGGUUUCCCGUCCAGAGGUUGUCAAGCUGUACAAUGAAGCAAUGGGUGGUGUUGACCUGCUUGAUCAACUCGUCAGUUUGUACCGCACAGAAAUCCGGUCAAAAAAGUGGACUCUGAGAAUGAUCACACAUGCUUUUGACCUUGCUGUUGUCAACAGUUGGUUGGAGUACAGGCUGGACUCCAAGAGGGCCAAUAACCCAACAAAAGACAUCUUGGAUCUCCUUCAUUUCAAGAUGAAUGUGGCCCAAUGUCUGGUGAGAGUUCAAAAAACAGUGGCAUCAAAACGUGGAAGACCCAGUAUGUCUCUGGAACCACAGAAUGCCCCUCACAGACCACCUCACCGGCCAGUUCAGGAUUCAAGGCCUCUACCUGAAGUUCAGUAUGACAUGGUUGACCACAUGCCAAAUUAUGAUGAAAAGAAAGAGGCCACCAGAUGCAAGAUGCCAGACUGUACCGGAAAAACACACGUCUGCUUCAAGGCUGCUCACCGAAAAUGAGUCCAUGGAAACAUCCAGAAGUGUGAUGUCUUCUGCAGGGCACAUUCCAAGUGUCCAAGUAAAUGUUUGAUCUGUUCAUUGGCC